AUGGGCUAUUGCCAUGAAAAACAGGAGAAGCAUCAAGAAGUUAUUACUUUCACCCACUUCCUGGAAGAAGCAGCAGAAAAAGAAGUGCGGGGAAAAGUCAGGCUCCAGCACUUCAUUGAGAACCUGUUGCAGCGCGUGGAUCUGGCAGAAAGGCAGCUAGAAUAUUACCAAAAUCAGCAGAUGGUGUGCAACCACACCGACGUCAGCGAGCACGUGUUUACAGACAUUUCAUUAAAUAAGAAACCCAGAUGCCUGAGCCGAGGAAGUCAACACGCGUCAUAUAACAUCCCUGACGCAAAGCCUCAUUCCUUUCAAAAAGGAAGAAUCUUGUUGAAAAAAGCAAAGGAUGAAAAAAACAGCUUGCAGCCAGUGAAAUGCUUCUAUGAACCUAUUGAUUGCUCAAGAGAAAUAUGGAGAGCACAAAAGAAAGGUGAACCAGUCUGCUCUGCCAGGAAAGUGAGCGCAAAAUCCAAGAUGGGGAAAAAGGCCAAACCGCUAUAG